AAUACAUCAAGAAUCCAGCUUUCCAACCACAAUUGUCAAAGGGUACUUGCAAACUUACAAUUUGUUCCCGAAAUCGUCAAUUCACACACUCUACUCUACUACAUCUUUAGAUUUAAAUAAGAAAAUUAAUUCAAGAUGGCAAUGCGCAUCGCCCCCUCCGCCUCGCACACCAGCACACACACGCACCUCCAAGAAGCCUCCCUCGGCGCCCCCUCAGCCCCCGGUCUCCACGACACUCUCCGCCACGGCGUUGGCCCAACCCAAAGCUCCUCGCUCUCCACCCUCCCCGACUCCUCGCACCCCCUCGAAAACCGUCUCAAGAAAUGGGAAUCCACGCAAGAAUCCCUCAAGAUGGCUUCUCUGCGUCGCACCUUCGGUAUGAGCGAACCCAUCCGUAGAGGUAUGGAAUUGAAGAUUACGAGAGAGGGGGAGUGGAGACCGCUUGCGCUUGGAGGUGGUGGUCCGGGUCUCCACGAAGAAAUUCUACGAGGAUCCGACACGACGAUUAGCUGGGAAGAUGUAUUCAAAGGUGACGAGACAAGGACAUUACCCGGUUUCCACGAGGAAGUGGAGAGGAAGGUUAAGAUGGGGUUCUAAAUUAGACAUUGGAUUUCUAUCUCUUUAUCCUGACUCUGAAUCAUGAUGGGAUGGGAUGUGGAUAUGGAUUUAAUACAAGCAAUCGAGUUUAAUGGAUGCAUAAGUUCAUCUUGCAAUGAGGAUAAACUUCACGAAUGAUAGAUGGGCAUCUGGAGAGGAAGGAAGGAGAGUGCUGCUUGCUUACUUGCUUGUUCAUUUUCGUAUCACGCAAAUACCAAAUUCAAUUAUGCGAUAACGUUGAACGAAGAAUACUUUACCAUCCCAUUCCUUCCUCGUAACCUCCAUGAAAUGCAGGUGUGAUUAGAGAU